UCUAGGCUGGCAUCCUGGUGGUCUCCCGCGGUCUUCCACUCCCAUAGCGGCCACAGUGGGGGUUGGGGCAGCAGAGAGCGCAGGCGCAGUGCCCGCGUCUGGCGCCCCUCUCCUUGCUGGUCGCCCCUGGCAGCCCAGGCUGCAGUGGUCCCGGCCGUGCGCGCGGCGGCCUCAGCUGGCUACGGAGGCCAGAGCGGGAGAGCCGCUCCGGCUGAGUCCCCUAAGGCCCCGGGCGCAUCCUCCUGGUCGGGACUCUCAGCUGAAGAGGACCUUCAGAAGAAAGGGAGUAGACCCAACAGCUGGAUGUCCAGAUGGUGUCAAAAGAACAGAAAUGGAUUUGAUUCUGGGGUCAUGGUGUAAGACCCUGAAUUGAUGAGUUUGGAAUUUGUUAUCUGAAGAAAUGGAUACUUCUCCAUCCAAAAAAUAUCCAGUUAAAAAACGGGUGAAAAUACAUCCCAACACAGUCAUGGUGAAGUACGCCUCUCAUUAUCCCCAACCUGGGGAUGACGGGUAUGAAGAAAUCAAUGAGGACUAUGGCAGGUUUAUGGAAGAAAACCCAAAGAAGAGUCUGCUGAGUGAAAUGAAAAGAAAAGGAAGAACUUUGUUUGGAACGAUGGACACUCAGCCGCCAUUGACAGAAGACCCAAGAGCCAGUGGCAUGGGGCAGUUCCAGAGCUUUGCAGAAAGAAACAUUUUUCAGUCCCGAAAAAUGUGGAUCGUGUUGUUCGGGUCCGCUUUGGCUCAUGGAUGUGUGGCUCUUAUCACGAGGCUGGUUUCCGACCGCUCCAAAGUCCCCUCUUUAGAGCUGAUCUUUAUCCGUUCUGUCUUGCAGGUCUUAUCAGUGUUAGUUGUGUGUUAUUACCAGGAGCCUCCCUUUGGGCCCAGCGGAUAUAGAUUGCGACUUUUCUUUUAUGGUGUGUGCAAUGUUAUUUCCAUCACCUGUGCUUACACCUCCUUUUCAAUAGUUCCUCCCAGCAAUGGGACCACGAUGUGGAGGGCCACAACCACUGUCUUCAGUGCUGUCUUAGCCUUUUUACUUGUAGAUGAGAAAAUGGCUUAUGUUGACAUGGCUACAGUGGUUUGCAGCAUCUUAGGUGUUUGUCUUGUCAUGAUUCCCAACAUUGUUGAUGAAGACAAUUCUUUGUUAAAUGCCUGGAAAGAAGCCUUUGGGUACACCAUGACUGUGAUGGCUGGGCUGACCACUGCUCUUUCUAUGAUAGUGUACAGAUCCAUCAGGGAGAAGGUCAGCAUGUGGACUGCGCUGUUUACCUUUGGGUGGACUGGAACGAUCUGGGGAGUGUCUACUAUGUUUGUCCUUCAAGAACCCAUCAUCCCUUUAGAUGGAGAAACAUGGAGCUAUCUCAUUGCUAUAUGCAUCUGUUCUACUGCUGCAUUCUUAGGAGUUUACUACGCCUUGGACAGGUUCCACCCAGCUCUGGUCAGCACAGUACAGCACCUGGAGAUUGUGGUAGCUAUGGUCUUGCAGCUUUUAGUUUUGCACAUAUUUCCUAGUGUUUAUGAUGUUUUUGGAGGGGUGAUCAUUAUGAUUAGCGUAUUUGUCCUUGCUGGCUAUAAACUUUACUGGAAGAAUGUAAGGAGAGAAGAUUAUCAGGAAAUACUGGACUCUCCCAUUAAAUGAAUACCUGAUUAUUAUUAGCUUGUUAUUGUCUAGUUAUUAACAUGUACACUGCCAUUUUAAUAUUUUCCUGUAGAUGUCUUUUGUGUUAUAUUAUUGAUAGAGUUCUAUAUAGUAUAAAUAAUUGUGAAGAUGCAGAAAAAUAUUCCAGACUAAUAUAUAAAAGCAUAAAUAUUAAUAGAUGAAAUA